AUGAAUCAGACAUUUGAGCAGCAUAAAGAACUUGAAAUUGGAAUCAGCUCAUCCAUGGAUGUCAAAUCAAUCUUGUUCUUCUCGUAUUUUGUCACUAAUGAUGGCAACUUUGUGACUUUAUCGACUUUUGAGUUAUUUAAAAAAGAUUGUCGGACUCCGAGCCUUGAAAUUGUCAACAAGUUUGACAAAAGUUCAUCAAAAUGGAGGAAAAAGUUGGAAUUUUAUGAUAAAUUUAUGGAUUAUUAUGGAUGUGAGCUGGUCAUGCUCCUGCCAAUUUAUUCUAAAGAGUUUCCUUACCAUUAUGGAUAUGCUGUGGUCAACAAUUACCAAACAGACUUUAGAACUUAUGGAUUGACUCCAGAACUGUUUAGAAUUGCAGGUUCAACGUUCAAUUUUAGAGCUGCAUAUCAGCCAGCUUUGAUUGAUAAUCCAAAUUACAUGAUUGGCUAUGAAAGUCACCAGAUUUAUAAAUAUCCAAUAAACAAGACAGUGAAGACAACAAAUGUACUUUUUGAUGUCCUGGAUCUUGAAAAUUACAACAUGCUUAAAAUUAAAGUUUCUCAAAUUUUCAUGUCCUGGAACAGUGAGUUUGUGUCAACGCCUGUUGAGGAUUAUUCGCCAUUUGAGAAGUUUUUGAUGCUGUUUGAUGAAUUAACCUGGAUUUUACUGACUUUUGAAAUAUUGUGCAUGUUUUUAGCUGUUUUGGCUGCUCAUCAACUUGUUAAAAGACUAUUCACAUCUUUAAAUACUUCUUGGAAAUUUUUUGGAUAUUUUCGCUUUGUUUUAACAUUUUUUGCAUCCUUUUUCCUCAUUUUUGGGAUAUUUUUUCAAGGAAAAUCAUUUGAAUUAUUGUCUGCUGAGCCUAGACGACCAACACCAAAAACUAUUCAGGAUUUAAUAGACCAAAACUACACAAUGCUAGACUGGGGUAAAUCAGAACUUCAAACUUUAGUAGAAGAAGAAGCUGAUGAAUGGCCUCGUUUGGAACGUCGUGAUGGAGAGGAAAUUAUUGAAAUUUACAAAACACAAUCGCAAAACUCGUCCGCUAAGAUAUGCUUGUUUUUCGAUAGUAUUUUAGUUCCGUUUACUUUUUGGAAUCGUGAAAUAUUCUCGGAAUGGAAUCGAAUUAAUGACAGAACAAUUAAUUUUAAUUUUCAAGGCAUUGCAACUUAUGGUCUGGCAUUUUGUUCUGAAAUGAUACAAAAGACGGCAGUUGGAAUGUUUGAGGCUGGAAUAAUGAAGUAUUUGAUCGACACUCGAGUUUUUGUGGUUAAGAAUCAGCAAAGAAAAUUGAGUCGAGCAGAUUUUCUGAAUUUUUCUGAUUUUUCUGUCUAUUUUGCAUUAUAUUUUGGCCUCUGUGGAUUCUCCUUGAUUUCUUUGACUGUGGAAAUAUUUUUAAAUUCAAAUGCUUUUAGAAAUAUUUUAAAAUUUAUUUACGAUCCGAAAACAAAAGCGCCAAAAUUCAGAUUUGCUAAAAUUCAUCAUGUGGAAAAUUGCAAAAUUGUUGAAAAACAAAAAGUAAAAAAGAACUUGGACUUGAAAUUCAGAUUAAAAGGACAAAAUAUUGCAGAUGUGGAGACAGUUGUCAGAUGUGGCUCAGCAAUUAAGUUUGAGGAGGACAUAGGAUUGCUUGUAGAAGAUAUCGAAUUGAAAAAUGAUCUUCAAUUAGAAAAAUUUGGAAUUUAA